AUGGCUCAGAAACAGGUGCAAAUCACAGACUCCAACAAGUCGCCAUUGAUACAAAUCCUAUCAUGGUUCUUUAUGGUGGUGGUGAUUCUGUCGGCAAUUGCGCGGUGUGGCACAAAGCUGUACAUGGUCAAGACGCUGAAAUCGGACGAUUGGCUAGCCGUGGCGGCAACGAUUAUGGCCGUUUCACAAUUUAUAUCUUCCCUUGUACAAGCGGGAAAUGGUCUAGGACAGCAUGGAGAUGCUCUCAGUGAGCAGCAAAUAGAAUCAAUCCUCAAGGGCGAAUAUGCUACCGAGCUUCUGUACAUUGCGAGUCUCGGCCUCGCAAAGGUGUCGACGGCCGCCACCGUCGUCAAUAUCGCGUCGCGAUCACACCGAAACAUUAUUUUCGGAAUUGGCACAGUAAUCAUCACAUGGGCAGUGACUGGAUUCAUCGUCGUCCUCUUUCAAUGCCAGCUACCGGAGCCAUGGGACAUGAUUCGUAAAUCGUGUAUUGCUCGGCCCGCAUUUUGGAGAUACUUUUGCGCUGCGAAUGUGAUUACUGAUGUCGUUCUAAUUGGCAUCAUUGUCCAUAAUAUCCGAGGCAUUCAAACGUCGUGGAGCAAAAAGGCCCUCGUUAUUGGUGUAUUCGGCAGCCGUAUCCUCGUCGCUCCGGCCCUUGUCUUCCAAAUCAUGUACUCAGGCAAGUCUCUCGCCACGGCCGAUCCAAGCUUUGAUAUGUGGAAGUGGUCCGUCAUUAUGGCCGUGGUGCAGUGCCUCAAUAUUCUGACAAUCUGCAUCCCCAACCUGAAGCCGUUCCUCGACAGUUUACAGUCGGGUCAGAUUCGCAUCGACGACCUCCGCCGCCAAGGCAAGUCCAGCAGCAAUGGCUACGGCAGCCACCAAGGGAGCGGCAACAAGUACGGCCAGAGCAGCCGUUCGAACGGCGGCCAGGACACGGUAACAUCGCAAAAGAGCAAGCUCCUAGAGCUGGUGGAGGUUCCGAAACAACGCAAGGCAAAGGGCACGCCCAAGAGAGCGCUCACAUCUCAGGACGGCAGCGCGGCAUGGGACGGCCAGAGCCACACCAGCCAAACUAUUCUCAUUCAACAAACAAAGACGUGGCACGUAGAUGUAGAGACGCCCCGGGGCAGCUCAUAG